ACACUAAACACUGAACACUAACCAUUGCUUUUUUCUUUUUUUUUUUCUUGUAAUUUUGUAAUUUUGUCGCUCCACUGCUUCCCCUCUCUCCCUCCUCUAAAACCCCAGCCAAAUUCACACAGACAGAGAGUGAGAAAGAGAGAACUAGUUACCUUUUCUUUUGUUUAAUUUAAUCUAUCGAGAAAACAAAUGGCGUAUGUGUACAUACCGGUGCAGAACUCAGAGGAAGAAGUUAGGGUAGCUCUAGAUCAGCUUCCUAGGGACGCCUCUGAUAUUCUUGAUAUCCUCAAAGCCGAGCAAGCUCCUCUCGAUCUCUGGCUCAUCAUCGCCAGAGAGUAUUUCAAGCAAGGAAAACUCGAUCAAUUUCGGCAGAUAUUAGAAGAAGGAUCCAGUCAUGAAAUUGAUGAAUAUUAUGCGGAUGUUAGAUAUGAGAGGAUUGCUAUCCUCAAUGCUUUGGGGGCUUAUUAUAGCUAUCUUGGAAAAGUUGAGACAAAACAAAGAGAGAAGGAGGAGUAUUUUAUACAGGCUACCAAACAUUACAAUAAAGCUUCCAGGAUUGACAUGCACGAGCCUUCUACUUGGGUUGGCAAAGGUCAGCUUUUACUGGCUAAGGGUGAAGUAGAACAAGCAUCUGCUGCGUUUAGGAUCGUACUGGAAGGAGACCGUGAUAACGUGUCUGCUCUUCUCGGUCAGGCGUGUGUUGAGUACAGUCGUGGACAUUAUGGUGAAUCGUUGACCUUGUUUAAGCGGGCCUUGCAAGUUUAUCCUGAUUGUCCUGGAGCUGUAAGACUUGGCAUAGGACACUGCCAUUAUAAGCUGGGCCAUGUGGGAAAAGCUUGCCUGGCUUUUCAGAGGGUUUUGCAGUUGGAUCCAGAAAAUGUUGAGGCUCUUGUUUCACUAGCAAUUUUGGAUUUGCAAACAAAUGAAGCUGCUGCAAUAAGGAAAGGGAUGGAAAAAAUGCAGAGAGCUUUUGAGAUAUACCCCUAUUGUGCAAUGGCACUGAAUUAUCUAGCAAAUCACUUUUUCUUCACUGGUCAACAUUUUUUAGUUGAGCAACUGACUGAAACUGCACUUGCUGUCACAAAUCAUGGACCAACAAAGUCACAUUCUUAUUACAAUUUAGCUCGCUCUUACCAUAGCAAGGGUGAUUAUGAAACAGCUUCAAGAUACUACUGGGCAUCAGUCAAGGAAAUCAAUAAGCCCAGUGAAUUUGUGUUUCCAUAUUAUGGUUUGGGGCAGGUACAAUUGAAACUGGGAGAGAUUAAAAAUGCAUUGUCAAAUUUUGAAAAAGUUUUGGAGGUCUACCCUGAUAACUGUGAGACAUUAAAGGUUCUUGGGCACAUAUAUGUUCAGCUUGGGCAAACUGAAAAGGCUCAGGAAUUUUUGAGAAAGGCUGCGAAAAUUGAUCCUCGUGAUGCCCAGGCGUUUCUUGAUCUGGGAGAAUUGUUAAUUUCAACUGACACUGGAGCUGCUCUUGAUGCCUUCAAAACUGCACGCAGUCUUCUGAAAAAGGGAGGUGAAGAAGUGCCAAUAGAAGUUCUUAACAAUAUUGCAGUCAUUCAUUUUGAAAGAGAAGAACUUGAGCUUGCUUUGCAAAAUUUCAAAGAGGCUCUAGGUGAUGGCAUAUGGCUCACUUUUCUUGAAGGCAAAGCAAAUACAUAUGAAGUUGAUGCAACUUCAUCUCUUCUUCAAUACAAGGACAUGCAGAUAUUUCGUCGACUGGAGGAGGAAGGUCAUUCUGUGGAACUGUCUUGGAAUAAAGUCACAACAUUAUUUAACUUGGCCAGAUUACUUGAGCAGUUGCAUAACACAGAAACUGCAAGCACAUUAUACCGCCUCAUCUUGUAUAAGUAUCCAGACUAUGUGGAUGCUUAUCUGAGGCUUGCUGCCAUUGCCAAAGCUCGAAACAAUCUUCCAUUAAGCAUCGAACUGGUAAAUGAGGCCCUGACUGUGAAUGACAAGUGUCCAAAUGCAUUAUCAAUGCUUGGUGACCUGGAGCUUAAAAAUGAUGACUGGGUAAAGGCUAAAGAAACAUUCCGUGCUGCUAGUGAGGCAACUGACGGGAAGGAUUCUUAUGCCACUCUUUCUUUGGGGAACUGGAACUACUUCGCUGCAAUACGUAAUGAGAAAAGAAAUCCCAAGUUGGAAGCUACCCAUUUGGAAAAAGCCAAGGAACUGUACACCAGAGUUCUGGUUCAGCAUACAGCUAAUCUUUAUGCUGCCAAUGGUGCUGGAGUAGUCUUGGCAGAAAAAGGACACUUUGAUGUAUCAAAAGAUCUUUUUACACAGGUCCAAGAAGCUGCAAGUGGAAGCAUUUUUGUCCAGAUGCCUGAUGUCUGGAUAAAUUUGGCACAUGUAUAUUUUGCUCAAGGAAAUUUUGCAUUAGCUGUGAAGAUGUACCAGAAUUGUUUGCAGAAAUUCUUUUAUAAUACAGAUUCUCAGAUUCUUCUUUAUUUGGCGCGCACUCAUUAUGAAGCUGAACAGUGGCAGGACUGCAAGAGAACUUUAUUGAGAGCCAUCCAUUUGACACCUUCUAAUUACACACUGAGGUUUGAUGCAGGUGUUGCAAUGCAAAAAUUCUCAGCAUCUACACUACAAAAGACAAAGAGGACAGUAGAUGAGGUGCGUUCAACUGUUGAUGAGCUGGAAAAUGCUGUCCGUUUAUUUAGUCAGUUAUCUGCUGCUUCCAACCUGUACUUUAAUGGGUUUGAUGAGAAGAAAAUCAACACCCAUGUAGAGUAUUGCAAACAUUUACUAGAGGCUGCUAUAGUUCAUCGUGAAGCAGCUGAGCGUGAGGAACAGCAAAAUCGACAGAGACUAGAUCUUGCUCGUCAGAUGGCAUUGGCGGAGGAAGCCCGCCGUAAGGCUGAAGAACAAAGGAAAUUUCAGUUAGAGAGGAGAAAACAGGAGGAUGAAUUAAAACGGGUGCGGCAACAGGAAGAGCAUUUUGAGCGUGUGAAGGAGCAAUGGAAGAGCAGCACAUCUUCUUCUAAGCGGAGGGACAGGGCAGAUAUUGAUGAUGGUGAGGGUGGGCAUGGUGAGAAAAGGAGGAGAAAGGGUGGAAAGAGGAGAAAGAAGGAGAAGAGCUCAAGGUCACGCUAUGAGAUGGAAGAAGCUGACAUGAUGGAUGAUCAUGAUGAACCGGAAGAUGAUGAUGCCAACGUGAAUUUUAGGGAGCCUGGAUAUCAAAUGAAUGAUCAGGAUGACAAUGUAGAAGAGAAUGCGCAAGAUGUUCUUGCCGCAGCUGGGCUGGAAGACUCUGAUGCAGAUGAUGAUGCAGCUGCACCUUCAUCAGCAGGCAGGAGGAAGCGGGCAUGGUCAGAAUCUGAUGAGGAUGAGAUUUCAGAGAGGAAGCCACAGUCCAGCCUUUUGCGAGAGAAUUCUGCUGAUCUGCAGGAUAGUGAUGGUGAAUUUAGAGACAAGAGGCAGGAGAAUGCUGCUGUUGAUGAUGAGGAUUGAUAUCGAGCAUUUUGAACCCUCUUAAGGACAGGGGGAAACUAACAUGCCAGCAUAAGGUGAAUGGCCUUGCACUGUGGGGAGGUACUCAAAUCUCUUCUAGUGUUUUGGUCCCCUGAAUUACUUCCAUAGUUCAAUUAUGUAUGGUUCACUAUAGAAGUAUCCUAAUGAAAAUGCAACUUUUGCAUCCUUGUAUAUGCACCAGCCAUGCUGAACAGUUGCAUCCUUGAAUUUUUUUAGAAUCUUAUAUAUUUUAGGCAGAAGCUGUACAGUUGAGAGAUUCUCUGACCAAUCUCUAUUAAGAAAUUACUGAACAUCCAAGUUACCAGCUC